UAACUAUUGUACUGUCAAAUUCAACUUUUCUGGGAUCGUAUAUUACUAAAUUUUUGACGUGAUUUCAUGAAUGAUUAGUGUUUGUUGAUCUAUUAUUACUAUUAGGAAACAUUAAAUGAUGACGAGUAUAAAGGAUAUUAAAUGGAGGGUUAAUAUCGUUAUAUCAUCUAGAGAUUUGUCUAGAGUUUUGGAGCCUGUUGUAUAUUUGGAAUUAUGGUUGACCGAUGGAUCAUUUAAAUGUCUUGAAAUUCCAUUAUCCAAAUUUCAUACAUUGAGACAAAAUGUUGCACUUCUUUUAAAAGAAAUUGAUGUUAUUAAUAGAAAAGGAACCAAUAUUAUGAGAAUUAUUGGACCUUUAAAUUAAUUUCAUAUAAUUAUGUUUUUAUAUUAGUAUGUUUUUAAAAUGUUUAAUCAAGGAAAAUUGAACAUAAAAGACAGACCAUUAAAUCAUACUAAAACAUGAUAUAUAUUAUUUGAAAAAACUUAAUGAUAUUAAGGUCGAGAGCACAUUGAGAUACAGUUAAGGUAGAGUGAAGUCAGAGAUGGGCAUAAUCUAAAUCAAUUUUGUGUCUUGAUCAUAGCUAUGAUUACAAUUACAAUAUUACAAUCAAGUGAUCAUAUCUUGUUUUUUUUACUGUAAUUGUAAUGUUUGAUUAUGUGAUUCCAUCUCUGAGCAUAAUAUUGAUUCAUAGUGUGCAUAGAUUCUUUAUCUCUGAUGCCAAACAGACCUGAUGCAACUUAGUGUUGCCUCUCAAUUUAUGCUAUCUUUUUCUUAAACAUAAGUCACAAAAAUUGUGUCCCACUUCGCUGCUUUAACUGCAUCUCAAAAUGCAUCCAGCCGAACUAACUUGAUUUGUCUAUAAAAGCUUUAUGCCCUAUAACAUUGAUUAUUUUUAGUUCAUAAAGUGGGAAGUUAUAUUUUUUUAUGUUUAAAACAUUAAAUAAAUUAUAUUAUGAAGAUAUCUAAAACAAAUAAAUCAUUU